AUGACUUGCUAGACUUCCUCCAUAUAAAUUAUACGAAGUCUUUUGAUUUCUCAACGAGUGGAGCAGAUGGCUCACCAUUUUCACUUGACCAUACAUUUGGUUCUUUGUCUUUCAUGUGUUGUAACUCUUUCCCUUGCUCAGAGCUCCAAUUUGCCAUUUAAAGCUGUGAAUUUAGGAUGUUGGCUUGUUACAGAGGGAUGGAUGAAGCCUUCUCUCUUUCAAGGAAUACCCAACAAAGAUCUUCUGGAUGGAACUCAAGUUCAGUUGAUGUCUAUAAAGCUGCAAAAGUAUUUAUCAGCAGAAAGUGGUGGUGGAACUAUUGUUGUUGCUAACCGAACAUCAGCCUCUGAUUGGGAAACUUUCAGGUUGUGGAGGGUCGAUGAGACAACUUUCAAUUUUAGAGUGUUCAACAAGCAGUUUGCGGGGUUGAAAGGUUAUCAAAAUAGAAUAGUAGCAGCUGCGACUGCACCUGGCAACUCAGAAACAUUUCAAAUCAUAAGGAAAGAGGAUGAUCCAAACCGAAUUCACAUCAAAGCUUCAAAUGGAAAAUUCCUUCAGGCACAAUCAGAUACAUUGAUUACUGCUGAUUAUGAAGGCUCAGGUUGGGAAGAUAGUAAUCCAUCUGUCUUCAAAAUUAACAUUGUCAAUACCCCACAAGGUGAAUACCAAAUCACAAAUGGCUAUGGCCCAGAUAAAGCUCCUCAAGUCAUGCAGGAUCAUUGGAACACUUACAUAACUGAUGAGGAUUUCAGAUUCAUGUCAUCAAAUGGUCUGACUGCAGUGAGAAUUCCAGUUGGGUGGUGGAUUGCACUAGAUCCAACACCACCAAAGCCUUUUGUUGGGGGCUCUUUGAAGGCCUUGGACAAUGCUUUCACAUGGGCACAGAAAUAUGGGAUGAAAGUAAUUGUUGACCUGCAUGCGGUUCAAGGAUCACAGAAUGGAAAUGCUCACAGUGGGACAAGAGACGGAUUUCAGGAAUGGGGAGAUUCCAAUAUAAAGGAUACUGUGGCAGUCAUAGACUUCCUAGCAAAAAGGUAUGCCAACAAUCCAAGUCUUGCAGCAAUUGAGUUAAUGAACGAACCUUUUGCACCAGGAGUCACUCUAGACAACCUUAAAAACUAUUACAAAUCCGGUUAUGAUGCUGUGAGAAAGUACACACCAAGUGCUUAUGUGAUCCUCUCAAACCGGUUGGGGAAUGCUGAUCCAACGGAGCUACUCUCAUUUGCUGGAAACUUCAAUCAUGUAGUCAUUGACGUGCAUUUCUACAAUCUAUAUUCGGAUGAGUUUAGCAACAUGAAUGUACAACAAAACAUCGAUUACAUCAAAAAUCAGCGAGCUUCAGCACUAAAAACCGUGACAACUUCCAAUGGCCCCCUUAGUUUUGUUGGAGAAUGGACUGCAGAAUUUGCUAGAAAUGGAGCAUCAAUGCAAGACUAUCAGAAUUUUGCAAAAGCUCAACUGGAUGUCUACGGGCUUGCCACUUUCGGAUGGGCAUAUUGGGCUUACAAGUGUCAAUUUGAACACUGGAGCCUCAAGUGGAUGAUUGAGAACAAUUAUAUAAAGCUCUAGAUCCCUACAAUGCCUACUAGUUUUCACUGCUAAAAAUUUAAAUAAUGCAAGACCUUAGCAAGGUCAUAUUGCUUUGUACGCCAAGGGAUGUAGUAAGUUUAAUGUCAUUUUAAUUACACAAAAGGAAAAUUGAUGCAAUCUUUUGCAUAUGGGGUAACUUAUAGUAAUAGCAAAACUUCAAUUAUCAUUGACAA